UUCACAGAUUUAGAUUAAAGACAAUGGCAAAAGUUACUAAUAAAAAUGCAUAAUACGUUAUGAAGACUUUGAGUGUAACAAGCAAAGAUAUCUCAAAUUGAAGGAAUUCAAACCAGAGAACUGGGACAACCCAGAGAGGAGAGGAAGAACUCUGUGUGGGACCAAGUCAAAGAUGAGAAUCAACCUCAGAAAAGGGCAAGGACAAUUAUAUAGAGAUUUGCCACCCUCUCUGAAAUCACAGCGCAAGCUUACACCAAGAAAGAGAUCAUGGGUAUGCAUAGAAAAUGAGAAUGUCGAUGACAAGGAGGCUGUGUCUGGGAUAGCAGCCAAGAGAUGCCAUAAUAGUGAGAGCUUCGAAGAUCAGGUCAUAAAGGGAGGCAGGAGCCGGUCAGAAACUCUUCGGCCCACAGAAGAGGAAACAAGAUUUCAGGCAGACACUCAUUCAGGAGACGAAACCACUGGCCCCUUCACUUGCUGCUCCAGGCUCCACCGUAAAGCCAGUUUCCGUGCCCGCUACACAGUAGGAGGUUUGAUAGGAAAAGGGGGGUGUGGAGCUGUUUUUGAUGGAAUUCGCAAAUGUGAUAGAAGACGGGUGGCCAUCAAGUAUGUGCCAAAAACUGAUAAGUACCAGUACCUCCAGCUACCUGAAGAUACAGGUCCAAUCCCGAUGGAGGUGGCACUUAUGCAGAUUUUGAGUCAUCCCCCAAACUGCUGCUAUAUCCUUCAGCUGCUGGAAUGGAUUGAAAAGCCAGACCACUAUAUCCUGGUGCUGGAGCAGCCAUUUCCCUGUCAGGACAUGCUGGAUUUCAUAGCAAGGAGGGGAGGACACUUUGAGGAAAGUACAGCCCAGGUCAUCAUGAACCAGGUGGUGCUCGCUGUGAAAUACUGUAGGGACCGAGGAGUCUUACACAGAGACAUUAAGUUGGAGAACAUCCUGGUUCAGACAGACACUAUGAAGAUCAAACUUAUUGAUUUUGGAUGUGGCGACCUCUUGCAAGAUACUGUCUACAGUACAUUUGCAGGGACCAAAUUUUACUGCCCCCCUGAGUGGAUGCUGGAUGGGGAAUACCUAGGGGGCCCUGCUACCAUCUGGUCCCUAGGGGUGCUAUUGUUUGAACUGGUCUGUGGAGGGGUGCCUUUCAAAAACAAAAAGGAAAUUAUUGCUGGUCAGCUUCGCUUCAAGGAUAGUGUAUCUGAGAAAUGCCGGAACCUGAUUUGUUGGUGCCUGCAGCAUAAUCCCAGCAAGAGACCAGUCCUGGAGCAGAUACUUCAACAUGACUGGAUGAAGGGAUUGUGAUGACUGCAUGAAGACGUGCAUGAGGUGCACACAGACACAUAGCUGAGUCAUAAAUUAUUACAUAAUACAUUAGCUUUUCAUGCAAAGAAUGCUUGAGAAUUUUUUAAGAUGCAAACAUUUUCCACUUUAUUUUUAAAUGCAUUCUCUUCACUGAUUUAUUUUCAGAGUGAAAGCAAGCUGUGUACACAUGCCCAGCUGUUGACAGUAAAACACCCUCAGACAGUUUAUAACUGCCUUCAUUCAAGUCUUUUCACUGUUUACAUUUCAUGUGUGGUGUUCCACAGUGCUGGUGGUCAAUAACAAGAUGACAGAUGUUUAUGGGAUGAAUAAGUCAAUAAUAGUCAUUGAGCUGAAGUGUUUGGACACAGUGUAUAUUUAUUUUCAGCGAUUUUAAAGUACUUCAAAUUUUAAUUCAGCUUCAACUCAGAGAAAGCAAUACACUGAAGCCCCAUAAAAGAAACAUUUUAUGGGCCCUAACCCUUAAAUAAAUUGAGGAAUAUCAAUAUUUUUCUACUGGUUGUGUAUAUCGUAAGUGGCAAGAAUUUGACGAAAGUUGUUAUUUUUAUGGGAUGAAUUGGUUUAUAAUCUGCAUUGACUAAGAGGUUGUGAUCUUGUUUUUUUGUGUCCAUGGUCUGCUCUGCUUGGACUUUUGCUCUGUGCUUCUGGGAUAGGCACCAGACCAUCGUAACUCUUACAUGGACAAGUGGUUAAGGAAAGCGAGUAACUGUGAGGGAGGAAAAUGUGCCUUUCCCUUAGCCCUAGCUAAAAACAUUGAUAGUUAACAAGUAUCACGUUAAAGGGAAAACAGGUGUAAUAAAGAGGAAGAAGGUAAAAUAUACAGAUAUAAACUUUGUUGCCUUCUGGGAAUGUUUUGCCAGCAAAAGCAAAAACUUA